AUGUCCUCAAUCACUAUCGUCGACAUCCCCCGCAUCAGCCGCGAAUCCCUCGCCGGCUUAAUAAAGGACAAACACCCCUCGAUGGCCGUCAUCGACGUCCGCGACUCCGAUUACAUCGGCGGCCACAUCGCCGGCGGCACGAACAUCCCCAGCAAUACUCACGACUACAAGAUGCCCGAAUUGGUCAGAACGCUAAAAGAUAAAGAGACAGUUGUGUUUCAUUGUGCGUUGAGUCAGCAGAGGGGACCUUCGGCGGCAUUAAGGUAUUUGAGGGAGAGGGAGAGGCUGAGCCCUGGAAUGGAGGGAGAGUCUAAGGGGCAGACUGUUUAUGUGCUUGAUGGUGGGUUUGUGAAGUGGCAGGAAUUGUAUGGAGAAGACAAGGAGCUUACGGAAGGCUACGAGAAGGAUAUCUGGGAAUUCGGCUACUAG